AAAAGAUAUGAUCAUAUCAAACCUAAAUUGUGAUAAUGAUUAGCCGACUCUCUUCUUAGCUUAUAAAUAGAUAAUAUAUGAUCCGGCUAAAUCAUUCACAAAUCACAAAAUUUAUUCUAGCAGCCAUUUUUGAAAUCUUUCACGCUUUUUUUUUUUCUAAUGUUCUUUAUCUUAGAAAUUGUUUUUGACAAUAGUCUACCUUGUGAUUGUAGGAUUUCAAAAUUCAGAAUGGAGUGAAGAAAGAAUAUGUCGAACACUAACAGAGAUUGAAGAGGCAUCGACAUCUGCUAUCAAAAACUUAGUUGGGAAGAAUUUUUCAAUCAUUUCUUUUUCUCAAAAAGUAUAAAAUCUGCAGUGGGCAUCCGUUGCUUAAGCAAGCGUUGAAUAUUUUUGUUGUAUAUACUUUAUCCUUAAACGUGAAUAUUUUGAAGUAUACUUUUUUUGUAAUAAAUCAGUUUACUUUUUAAAAUUCAGAAAAUCAUACUCUAAUUAUGUUAAUAAAUCAUAUUACUUUUUUAAAAUUCAGAAAAACAUCUCAUUAAAUUUGUUGACAAUUUGAUUUCACUUACCUUAUAGAUGUGAAGAUUUUCAAAACCGGCUGGUGCAUCCGAUUCAAGACUUAUUCAUUCUAGAAGCCAUAUACUGCUAAAUUAGGAGAGCAUGCAAAUGAUCUGAGAAGAUGAACAGUUAUCCAACCAGAGAACACAAUCAUAUAUUCACCAUCUCUAUUUGAAAUCAGGUUUAUCUCGAAAACAGGAAUGUGGCCUGUGAAACAGAGAUCAUGGAGUAACUUCUUUGAGUUUGUUUUCCCUAUUGAAGUCCAGUAUGCUAUAGAAUCGAAUAAAGAAAUUGUGAUUGAUGCUAUUGGUGUGAUUGCUGCUGUCAAUACUAUUCGAAGAUUUCCUUAUGUGUGUCCUCGGGGAGGGUCAGACAAUGAGUCAAGAUUUGUGGCUUUUAAGAUAAAGGACAAUAUGGGUGGAAUAAUUGAGUGCAUUGCUGUUGGUACGUGUUGUGAUUUGUUUAUGACCAACUGGUCUGCUAAGGUCGACUUGGUUACUUAUAAUUAUGAACCAAUCGUGGCUGUUCUUCGCAACUGGAGAAUUACAGAGUUUGAUGGAAGAAAUAUCUUGAUGAGUGAAUUUGGUUGUUCCCGUUUGUAUCUUGAUCCAACUUUCCACGACUUGGAUAUUCCACAAUACGUUCGUAGCUUCACUGAUGAAGAUAAACAUGAAGAUGAUGAUGACUAAGAGAAUCUAAUGACGGAAGUUCCCUUGAUGUUUUAUCUUCAUUGGUUUUAUCUAUUUAGGUUGUUAUAUUUCAAAUUUCGGAUUGAUAAUUUUUGGAUUUAAGUUUCAAACAAUGUUAUCCUACAUUUGCUAUCAAGUUAAUCUCAUGAAUUGUUCUACA